AUGAGUAAGAGAAAGCUAAAAAUUUUAACUAUUGAAGAAAAGGUCGAUUUAAUUAAAGAUGUAGAGAAUAAUCCUACCGUUAAGAAAAAGGACUUGGCCCUGAAAUAUGGUAUACCGCCGAAUACAUUAUCGACAAUAAUGUCGAACAAAGAAAAAAUAUUAGAACAUUACGAAACAAAGGGCGGUUCUGCAAAUCUUAAUCGUAAAAAAAUCAAGGAGUGCACAUACACCGACAUUGAAACGGCACUCUUGAAAUGGUUUAAGAAUUAUGAGCAUAAGCGGACUGAAAUCCCUGUGAGUGGAAUUCUCCUUCGUGAAAAAGCACUUGAUUUUGGCAAACUCCUUGGACACAUGGACUUUGUAGCAAGCAGUGGAUGGCUCGAGAGGUUUAAAGCUCGUCAUAACAUAGUUUUUCGGAAUUUACAUGGAGAAGCUAAAGACGUCCCGGAAAGUCUUUGUGAAGAAUGGAGAAUAAGACUUCCCACCCUACUGUUUGGUUACAAAGCAUCAGACGUCUUUAAUAUUGAUGAAAUCGGAUUAUUCUACAAAUGUGUUCCCCAAAAAACUUUAAUGUUCAAAGGAGAGUCCUGCGCUGGAGGAAAAAUGAGCAAAGAUCGCUUAACUGUUCUUGUUGGUGCCAAUGCUGAUGGAUCAGAAAAAUUACCCCUCUUAGUUAUUGGUAAAUCAAAAAACCCACGUUGCUUUAAAAACGUCAAAUCUUUGCCGGUAAAUUACAAAAGCAAUAAGAAAUCCUGGAUGACCAGCGAGCUGUUUGAAGAAUACGUGAGAAAACUUGAUUUGAGUUUUCAUAAAAAAUCUCGAGAAGUUUUGCUGUUUGUGGACAAUUGUCCAGCACAACCAAAGUUAAAAAAUUUAAAGUCAAUUAAGCUUGAAUUCUUCCCACCAAAUACAACGGCAAAACUUCAGCCAGCUGAUCAGGGAGUAAUUCGUAAUUUAAAAGUGCAUUAUAGGAAACGAGUAAUUAGAAAGCUCAUCAACGAUAUUGAAAAUAAUAAAGAGCAUACAAGUUCCAUAUCGGUAUUAGAUGCUCUUCGAAUGGUUUUUAGUGCCUGGCAAAAUGAUGUUUCCCAAGACACAAUUGCUCAUUGUUUUCAGAAAUGCGGAUUCUUUCCUUCAAGUGCUCCCAAUAUUGUUGAUGAGGUUAACGAAUGUUUGGACAACGAGUUCAGAGAUGUGUUUCAAGAACAAUCAUUGGAACUUUCUGACUUCGUAAACGUUGACUCCGAGCUCAUUACCUGCGGUGAACUUUGCGAUGAAGAUAUUAUUGCAGAAGUAACAGCUAAAGAAGAUGGUACGGACAAUGAAGAGAAAAUUGAAAUUUCUGAACAUAAUGAUUUGCCAACAAAUGCAGAUGUUAGUAAUGCACUAUCGAUUAUUCAUCGUUCUAUUGAAAGUCGGGAAAAUGUUCCACAGGAUAUAUUCAAUGCCAUGAAUUAUUUUAGUAAAAGCAAUACGCAUAUAACUGAUGAUUUCCAAGGACACGAUGGAGUUAGUAUCGAUAAAAUACCAUCAGAUUCCAAACAGCCGUGUUCUAAUAAUGGACUACUACAACGCAUGCCGACUACAUCUAACGUUGAGAAUGUGAACAACUGUACAGCUGGAUGUGAGACUUCUAAAGAACAAAAUCCUACUGAUAUAACAUCUUUAACAAAUUAUCAAUUAUAUGAUAUUGGAUUAGCUGUUGGAAAGAUUUUAGAUGACGAUAAAAAGCUGAAAUAUUUAAAUGAAACAUGGAAGCCUCCGGUGAGUUAUAGCUUUCCAACAAGAGCUGAAGGAAAGCAGAACCGUAAAUUUAGACGAGAAUGGUUGGAGCAGUACAAUUGGCUUGCUUACAGUGAGCUUUCGUCUGGUGGAUUUUGUAAAAUGUGCGUUCUGUUUGCACCAACUGGAGCUGGAAUUGGAAAUCAGGUGAGAAAUUCCAUCAGUUCAUAA